AUGCGACAGAGGCAUUGGGUGGAAUUACUAAACGACUACGACUACGAAAUUCGCUAUCAUCCUGUCAAGGAGAAUGUAGUGGCCAACGCUCUUAGUCAUAAAACUCAUCUUAAGGCUAUUCACAUCUCUAGUGAACUCCAUACUUGUAUUCGUGAACCCCAGUAUUCGUCAGCUAAUGAAGGUAGUCUAUCUGUUGAAGUUCUUGGCGCUAACAUUAAUCAACUUGAAACUAAAUCUGAUGGUCUUCAGUACUAUCUAAAUCGCAUCUGGGUGCCAGAUCACGACAACCUCCGUGAGCUCAUUAUGGACGAGGCUCACAAAUCCGUUAUUCUAUUCAUCCGGGCGCUGAUAAGAUGUACCAUGAUUUGCGUGCGACCUACUGGUGGCCUGGUUAAGGCCGAACAUCAGCGUCCUUCUGGACUUUUAGAACAACCUAAAAUCCCCGUUUGGAAGUGGGAUAGUCUUGCUAUGGACUUUAUUACUAAGUUACCCCGUACACCUGCCGGUCAUGACAGUAUUUGGCAAGAUCAGGAAAGAUUCACACACGUUGGUACGGUGAAGAAUCUUGGUCAACGUGGCGGUGAUCCACCCACAAAGCACGGGAAAAGAGGUGAAGAUGGUGUCCUAGAAGGAGUGUGA